AUAGACAAGGAAACGAUGGACAAGUACGACAGAUACCGGCAGGAGGGUAAGGAGGCUGCCCUAUGCGGUGAUCUGCCUCGUGCUUUUGAGCUGUUUCAGCUGGCUUACCAGCUGCAGCCGAGUGACAAGCUGAAGAAACGGAUCCAGGCCAUACAGGAGCUAGUUCAGAGAGAGGAGGAAGAGAAAGAGGAAGAGUUUGUGAACGUAAAUGAUUCUGGCCUGCAGCUUUAUAAAGGCCUUUUUGACAAACUUUACGACCAUCAGAAAGAGGGUGUGGCAUUCCUGUACAGUCUGUACAGAGAUGGAAGAAAAGGCGGAAUCCUGGCAGACGAUAUGGGCCUUGGCAAGACUAUCCAGGUCAUCUCGUUUUUGUCAGGGAUGUACGAUGCAGAGCUGGCCAAUCACACGCUGUUAGUCAUGCCAACAUCUCUCAUAAAGAACUGGGUGCGUGAGUUUGGCAAGUGGACCCCCGGCAUGCGGGUGAAAGAGUUCCACGGUGCCAGCAAAGCUGAGCGGAACAGGAACUUGGAGCGAAUCCAGCGCAAGGGUGGCGUCGUCAUUACCACCUACCAGAUGCUCAUUAACAAUUAUGGGCAACUUGCGUCCUAUGACCAGCGUGAGUUCCGUUGGGACUACGUAAUCCUAGACGAAGCCCACAAAAUCAAAACUUCAUCCACUAAAACAGCCAAAAGUGCUCAUGCCAUCCCAGCAAAAAACCGCAUGCUACUGACUGGCACUCCAGUUCAGAACAACCUACGAGAGAUGUGGGCGCUUUUUGACUUUGCUUGUCAGGGGUCACUGCUGGGAACCUCCAAAACUUUCAAAACGGAGUAUGAGAAUCCAAUCACACGUGCACGGGAGAAGGAUGCCACACCAGGAGAGAAAGCUCUUGGAUUGAGGAUCUCUCAAAACCUGAUGGACAUCAUUACGCCUUAUUUCCUGAGGCGGACAAAAGCAGAUAUUCAGAAUAAAAAGCAGAAAGCUUAUGAAGAAGGCAAUCAGAACAAGGAAGAUCAAGAGAACAAAUGUCCAAAUGCUGGUCAAGGUGCAGAGAUGCCAUCGCUGACACGCAAGAAUGACUUUAUCGUGUGGACAUACCUGAGCUCAGUGCAGGAGGACGUUUAUAACCAAUUCAUCUCACUGGACCAAAUUAAGGAGCUACUUCUGGCUACACGGUCCCCACUGGCAGAACUCACAGUGCUCAAGAAGCUCUGUGACCAUCCCAGACUCCUCUCUGCUCGAGCUGUGACUCAGCUCGUCCUCGAGCAGGGGUCUGCCACUCUCUCCACCCCUCUGGAAGGUGAGAGUGUGUCCACAGCAAGUCAGAUUGAUCAUAUUUCAGAUGAGACUUUGAUCAGUGAGUCUGGGAAGCUGCAGUUUCUCGUGUCUCUGAUGGAAUGUCUCCGUGAGGAGGGGCAUCGUACUCUGAUCUUCUCCCAGUCAAGGAAGAUGCUGGACAUCAUGGAGCGUGUCCUGCGGAACAGAGGCUUUCGUCUGCUGCGUGUGGACGGCACGGUGACACAACUGGCGGAAAGGGAGAAGCGCAUUAUGCUAUUCCAGACAGACAGACGCUACACUAUCUUCCUCCUCACCACUCAGGUUGGUGGCGUCGGCAUCACACUAACUGCUGCUAACCGUGUUGUGAUCUUUGACCCAAGUUGGAACCCUGCAACAGAUGCUCAGGCUGUGGACCGUGCCUACCGCAUUGGCCAAACUGAAAACGUCAUUAUCUACAGACUCAUCACCUGUGGGACUGUUGAGGAGAAGAUUUACCGCAGACAGGUGUUUAAAGACUCUCUUAUACGGCAGACAACCGGCGAUAAGAAAAACCCCUUCCGUUACUUCAGCAAGCAGGAGCUGCGAGAACUGUUUAACCUCGAGGAGACACGCUCAUCCUCCACUCAGCAGCAGCUACAGGCCAUGCAUUCACAAAAUCGCCACUCGGACACCAAACUGGACCAGCACAUCGCUCGCCUUCACAGUAUGGAGAUGUUUGGCAUCUCUGAUCAUGACCUUAUGUUCACUAAGGAGUCAGACGCCGAUGAAGACGUCCCUGAGGAUGCAGAAUCACAUCACUACAUACAGACACGUGUCCAGAAAGCACAAGAGCUUAUGCAGGCAGAAUCAGAACUGCACGGCCAGCUGAUGGACAGCAUGGCCCAGAACACAGAACCGGCUUGGCUCAGGCAAUCAGGGCAGCAUGGUCUGGCCAGAGACUACCCAGGCCUUCCCCGUACCAAAGACUUGCCAAUCACUGUGGAUCUGACUCAUAUCAGUUUCGAUGAGCCAGAACUGGAGGAGGAAGAGGAGCAGAGCUCCCUGUCCUUUGAAGAAGUUGUAGGUAGAGGUGUGCUUGUGGAUGACACAUAUCCUCAGUCAGGUGGAGAAAGGGACUCUUCUGUUGUGAAGACUGCAGUUAGCCCUGCUGCUGACAGAUUGGCUGAUAGUCAUCAUGUAAUCACACUAGAUGACAGUUUAAUUGUUGGGGAUGAGCAACAAAACUCUGUAUACACUUCAUCAAGGCUCUCGCACAAGUUCCCCAAGCUGGGAGAUCUUUCUGUAAUGUCUGAUCAUCUUGAUGACGAAAAAGCUCUGACGGACAGUUCCCAUUCAAAUGUGCUCUCAUCGCCCUCAUCUCCAAUGGCCACUGCAAGGGAGUCUUCUAAGGCAGAGAUCGAGUUACUUCAAGGAAACUUCAAUUUGCAGAUUGAAGACAGUGCAGAUAUGUUCUCCAUUGAGGAAGAGGAAGUUCAUGAAGAAGGAGAGUCUGUAGCCGAAGAAAGUGCUGAGUUUCAACUUCAGAUGGAUGUCAGUGGAGAGAGACUGGAAGCAGCCAGUAUACAUGAGGGCAGACAAGUCAGUAACCAUGACAACAGUGAGGUCAAUAACCAUGAAUCUGAUUUGAGACAGCGUUCUGCUUUGAACACAAGUGCAGAUGACUCGUAUGUGCAUUCUGUUCGGACAAUGAAAAAGAGGCAAAUCAUUUCUGACAGUGAAGAAGAGGAGGAGAAGGAAGAGUCAGAGAGGCCAUGUUUAACUAGCAGCCCAUUGGCUAAUGGCCUUUGCCGGCUGGGCUCCUCCACACCAAAAUCUUCUCUGAUUGACAGCUCUCGACUCAGGCGCAGCCUGAACACAUCAGUGGCAUCUAGAAGGUCACUCAUGAUGUCUGUGCUCGGAAAUGAUUCUGAUGAGGAGUCAGCAGAGCUCAUUGAUGGAACAAACGAAUCAGAACUGAUAUCUGAAGCCAGUGAAACUCAUCAAGAUGAAUAUGUGAUGGAGGAGAAAGAGCCAAGUGGAGAAACUUUAAACACAGAGGAUGCGCUUGAAGAGGAAGAAAGCGAAGAGUCAAGAGGAGACAAGGAGCAAGAACAAUGGCACAGUGCCUUAACUGAAUCUACUGAGGAUGUUGAAUUAGAGUCUUGUGAAAUGAUGGACCAGUGUGCCCCUAAAACAUUUCCUCCAGAAACCUCCAUUCUACCAGUUAGUUCCAUUAGCAGUGACGUGACAUCCACAAAAGAGACGGCCUCUGUGAACACGUAUGAGUCACUGGUUCUGUCUGGGAAACGUAGUUUGGCAGAGGGUAGGAAGCAGGAAGCUCUAGAUUUCUUUCUGAAGGCCAUUGAUAUAAAUGCUUGUGAAGCUGAAAUCCAACUCCUGAUAAUUCAGUUGUACAGACAACUUAGCUAGGGAAACUAAACCAUGCACACAUGCGAGAGUUUAUCUUAUCUGUUCUAUAUAGUGACUAUUUUUGUCAGGCUUUUUGACUAAACAUGACAGAAUCGUACAGAACAGACCAGAAAAACUUGUUAAGAGAAGGAUAUUGUGUAUCUUAAUACAAUUCAUUGUUCGUUUUGUUGUUGUUUUUUCAAGAAUACCUCUGAAUAUUCUUGGUUUGUUAUUGAUUUUCCUUCUAUUUAUUCCCCUUGGUUUAGGAUGGAUU